AUGACUGAUGUGUCUCCUUCCCAAGGUGGCCCUGGCUCUGGCAAAGGCACCCAGUGUGAGAAACUGGUGGAAAAAUAUGGAUUCACCCAUCUCUCUACUGGUGAGCUCCUGCGCCAGGAACUGGCCUUGGAGUCAGAAAGAAGCAAACUGAUCCGUGACAUCAUGGAGCGUGGAGACCUGGUGCCCUCGGGUGUCGUCCUGGAGCUGCUGAAGGAGGCCAUGGUGGCCAGCCUGGCCAACACCAAGGGCUUCCUGAUUGAAGGCUACCCCCGGGAGGUGAAGCAAGGGCAAGAAUUUGGACGAAGGAUUAGAGACCCACACUUGGUGGUCUGCAUGGACUGCUCAGCAGACACCAUGACCAACCGCCUUCUGCAGAGAAACCAGAGCAGCCAGCGUGGGGAGGACACUGCCAAGACCAUUGCCAAGCGCCUGGAGGCCUACCACCGAGCGUCCAUCCCUGUCAUCGCCUACUACGAGACAAAAACACAGCUACAAAAGGUAAACGCAGAGGGGACACCAGAUCAAGUUUUUCUUCAGCUCUGCAGAGCUAUCGAGUCUGUUUUCUGAAGAAGAUGCACAGCUGUUAAGUGGACACAGAGGACCAUGGACUU